AUGGAGUACGGGUAUCUAAGCGGUGCCGGCAGUGGAUUCGAGGGUGGAUGUCUCGGCUCGGGUGGUGGUGAGCUGUCUUGGGGCGAGCUGGCUUCCUGCGGGCAGAUGUCCCAGGCUGCUUACCGAUACCAGGGUAUGCGCUACCAGCCGCCGCCGCCACAAUGUGCGCGACCACAAGACGCGGCUAUGAGAAAUCAUCACAUCUUCCCGCCAGCUAUGAAUUUACAACCCGGCUUACCGUAUAAAGUAUAUGGCGGUCACGAGGGAUCCUUAACCGAAAAAAGGAAACAGCGUCGAAUCAGGACAACGUUCACAUCAGCACAACUAAAAGAACUAGAGAGAGCAUUCCAAGAAACACACUAUCCAGACAUCUACACGAGAGAGGAGAUUGCGAUGAAAAUAGACUUAACAGAAGCGAGAGUACAGGUAUGGUUUCAAAACCGGCGCGCAAAGUUCCGCAAGCAAGAACGUCUGGCGCAGCAGAAAGCUGGGGAGACGCCAGUGAAGGCGGAGGGAAAGCGGGAUAAGCCGGGAUCACCAGCGUCGUCUCCGCAUCCUCCUCCACCCUCGCAAACAACUCACCACUCGUUACCACACCUCUCACCGCCUGAUCUGAAGCCUAUUACUUCUGCAGCAAACAAGUUAUGUGAGGAACUGAACGGCGUAGGCGGUGGCGCCGAGCCGCCGGUAAGCGGCGUGGGCGGCAGUAAAUGGGCCGGAGGCUGCGGCCUCCUCCGGCAGCCUUCGGGCUUCCCGCUCCUGGGAGUCGCACCACCCAACUAUCUACUAUCGGACCACCUCGGGACAUUGGCCAAAUCUAACAACCAUCUUUUCUAAUCCGCGUUUUACUUCUAAAUGAAUGCAUCACGAUGCCACGAACAAUAUAAUUCAUGAACGAAGACUCUCACAAAUGUGGUAAAAACUAAAAUCCAACGUGUAUUUUAAAGUGAAUUUCGAAAAGACUGCGAAUUGAAUGAAAAUAUUGAAGUGCCAAACAUUCGUGUCCAUUAAAUUGUAGUUAAUUAAAAUUAUUUAAUUUGUAGUAUAAGUUAUCGUGAGAUAAAUCGAUUCCAAGUACGUAAAGGUUUUGAUUGAAGUGCAGUUCUCUAGGAUCACAUACUUACAUAUAUUUAAGUAGUUUAGUUAUCUCUUUACAUCGUCUUUUAGAAAAAUAAAAUCGGGUUAAAUAAAUCUCUCUUUUGUAGUUUAUGUGAAAGACGGUGUUAAGGAUGAUAAGGAAUUCGAAUUUUGUGUGAUAAGUAGGUGUAAUGUAAAUAUUAUAUUGAAUUGCAUUGUAUACGCUCUUGUAUACUUCUAAACUAAAGCGAAAUCAUUCCAAAUAAAUUAUAUGUGAUAAGUUAAAGUAUUUAAACAAUACUCUAGUCAUUUUACUUAUAAUCAAAUAAGUCAAUUUUUGUAGAGGCUUUCGUUAUUGCAUAACUAUUUAUUUAUCAGAGAUUUAUUUAUAAAUGCCAAACUCUUUUGAAAUUCUAUUAACCUACUACUUACUAUAGAUGUUCCCAUAAAUUAUGUAAUAAUGUGAACUAUAAUAAAAAAUGUUGUAAAUAUUGUGUAUAUUAAGUCAUUGUAUAUAAGUACUUGUGCAUAUUAGUACAUAGAAUUGUACUAUGAGUGUAACGUUAACAAGAAAAUUGUGGAGGGUGUUUUAAUAAAGAAAUUAAUAAAAAGUCUUUU